UCUUUCCCUCCUCCUUCUCUCUUCUCUUUACGUCUUUAUUUGUUAAUAAACGAAUCCCCCAUUUUUAACUUUUUCACUUCCGGCAAUUUUCAGGCAGCCCAAGCCCCGUUUCAACGCCCAAGAUGAUUCUCAUCAACUGCUCCCACUGCCGGACGCCGCUACAGCUCCCCACAGGCGCCGCCUCCGUCCGAUGCGCCAUCUGCCGCGCCGUCACAUUCGUCGCCGACCCCCGAGGCUUUCCUCCGCCGCCGCAGCAGCAGCAGAGUUACUUUCCCGGCUACCAUCAGUAUCAGUACCCCUCUCCGACGCCGCCGAUGUACCCUGCCGGUGGCGUCCGCAGCCCUAAACGGGCGGUGAUUUGCGGUAUAUCGUAUAAAAAUACCCUGCACGAGCUGGAGGGGUGUAUUAAUGAUGCCAAGUGUAUGAAGUAUUUGCUGGUCAACCGUUUUUACUUCCCUGAUUCCUCCAUUCUUAUGCUCACUGAUGAAGAAACUGAUAUUUACAAGCGUCCAACAAAGCAAAACAUCAGAAUGGCACUGCAUUGGCUUGUGCAGGGUGUUCAAGCAGGGGACUCUUUGGUGUUCCAUUUCUCUGGCCAUGGUUUGCAGCAGCAGAACUAUACCGGUGACGAGAUCGAUGGCUAUGACGAAACGCUCUGCCCACUGGACUACGAGACGGCGGGAACGAUCAUCGACGACGAGAUCAAUGCAACCAUAGUUAGGCCUCUCCCUUAUGGUGCUAAGCUCCAUGCCAUCAUAGAUUCAUGCCACAGUGGAACUAUGUUGGACUUGCCAUUCCUAUGUCGGAUGAACAGGAAUGGAAGCUACAUGUGGGAGGACCAUAGGCCUCCAUCAGGUAUAUAUAAAGGAACAAAUGGUGGAGAAGUGAUCUCUUUCAGUGGUUGUGAUGAUGAUCAAACUGCUGCAGACACUCAGGCUAUGUCAAAGGUUACAGCCACAGGAGCCAUGACUUUUUCUUUCAUUAAGGCCAUUGAGAGUGGGCAAGCAACUACUUAUGGUAAUAUGUUAAGUUCAAUGAGAUCAACCAUUCGAAACACUGACCUUAAUCCCGGAGGUGAUAUCGUUACAAACCUAAUCACCAUGCUUUUAUCCGGAGGAAGCUUUUCUACCCGACUUCAACAGGAACCCCAGCUAACUGCCCAUUCAACAUUCGAUGUAUAUAGCAAGCCAUUCUCGUUAUAACUUUCCUCGAGAGAUGUUAUUUUUUACCCAAAAGAGGUUACACAUUUAGUCCGUUUAUUGAGAGAUUCAAAAUGUUACAAUUUUACUUUUGAAAUUUGAAAUUGGUUUUAAUUUGUUCGUUGAA